UUACCAACGCCCCUGGGAAGUGAUCAAAAUAUUACAACAUAAUUUGUGAAUUUUACACAAGUUUUCAGGCCAAAGCUGGUUCGUGAAGCUUUCUGGUGCAUAGCAAGACGUUUUUGUUUUGUGGGUAUACUUCUGCAUUGAAAACCCCACAAGUCUGAAUAUUGUUGUUGUGACAGCAGUAUGCAGACCAUAAAGUGUGUCGUAGUCGGUGAUGGGGCUGUAGGAAAAACCUGUUUAUUGAUUUCCUACACAACAAAUAAAUUUCCAAGUGAAUAUGUACCCACGGUGUUUGAUAAUUAUGCAGUCACUGUUAUGAUUGGUGGGGAGCCAUUCACAUUAGGGUUGUUUGAUACAGCAGGCCAAGAGGAUUAUGACCGACUGAGACCUCUGUCCUAUCCGCAGACAGAUGUAUUCCUUGUUUGUUUUUCUGUGGUGUCACCAUCUUCUUUUGAAAAUGUCAAAGAAAAGUGGGUUCCUGAAAUCACCCAUCAUUGUCCUAAGACUCCUUUUCUUCUUGUUGGUACACAAGUUGACUUGCGGGAUGACGCAGGAACGAUAGAAAAACUGACCAAGAACAAGCAGAAACCCAUAGCAGUUGAGGGUGCUGAGAAGUUAACACGAGAGCUAAAAGCUGUCAAAUAUGUAGAGUGUUCAGCCCUGACUCAGAAAGGCCUGAAGAAUGUCUUUGAUGAAGCAAUUCUGGCUGCAUUAGAGCCUCCAGAGCCACCAAAGAAGAAACUUUGCACUUUACUUUAAAAGGUGGAUUGAAUAGAGACAGUCUCAGGAAAUGAUCUCAACCCUUAAACUUUUGUACACCCUCACAUCAGUAUGCAUUUUCUCUAGUUUAUUCUUUAUACAUUUCCAUAGUGCUGACAAGGAGAACUUGUCUAACAGUCAAGAGCUUCUUUAGGUGGUGAUCAUUUCCUUAAUUCUCAUGACCUAUUUGUGUGAUUCAGGGGUGAUAUUGUAAGGAGAAAUUAGAUGCAAGUCACCCACAGGGGUUAAAGGGUUAACUCUGUUGAGUGACCAAGACAGAAUGUCCUCCUAAAAUAUAAAGCAGAAAAGCAAUGAGAAUGGAGAAAAAUAUCAAUUAGGAGGAUUUUAGUUUAUUUAAUACCAAGUUCCUCAAACUAAUAUCAUAUCAAUUGUAUGACAGACAGAAAUUUUGUGAGAUCUUGGGAGUUUAAGGGUUGAGAGCCAUUUUCCUGAAUUUUGUGUACCAUAAGUGGCACACAGAAAUUCUAUUUGAAAGUCGUCUUAGUGCAUUUUUAAUUUUAAAUUUACUGUGCUAGUUGUAUUGUCAAACUCAGAAAACCUUGAAAGCUUGACCACCAAGAUAUUUGUAAAGUAGUACAUUGCCAAGGGGAAGAAAGGAAUCAGAGCUCAAGUAAGGAAAGUGUUGGCAGCAGAAGUUCCUUGUUUGUUUAGAACAAUUUUCGAUUGAGUGUGGAAAGUCAGUGGGAUUGCUUUGGUAAACUCAACUUUGCUCUGUGAUUGGUUCAUUCUCUUAACCAAUCAGAUGCAAAACAAUUGCAACUUGGUCAUUCAUGUUCUCCCACACUUAAAGCAGUUUGGUUUUUUCACUUUGAGUCCUUAUUGGCUAUAACCUUCAUUCUGAUAGGUCUCUGGUAUCACUUUUUUUUCAACAUGUAAUUGAAAAUUGCCUUACCUUCUAUGUGAUUGCUUGUUGCUCUAUAAACAUUAAAUCUCCCUACAAAAUAUCCAAGGUGCUCAGGUUUUUCUAAGUUUGCCAAUUUCUUUCUUUCUUUUUUUUUAAUUUGAUUCUUUCUUUUAGUAUUCCUAAUUUUCCUGUAACUACAAACUGAGUUAGUCUGGCAGUAUUUUUGAGGUGAACUUAAUAUGUCAAUUUUCUGAAAAUUGGUAGGUACAAAUUUGGGCUCUUUUGUGGUCUAAGAAGUGUGAAAAAGAAUCAGAAAGGGUCAACUUGAAAGUUGUUGACUGAUAAUAGAAAUGUUUAUGAUAAUGUCCAGUGUGAUUAAUAUUUCUAACAAUUUAUCAUAAGGAAGUUUAUUAAAUAUUACAAGUAGUAAUAACAUUUAGGCAAACUAAGCAUAUUUUGUAAAAUACAAUUUAAUAUUAUAUGUCGUGGAACAUUUAAAAUAUAUAUCAACAUUUGCUUUUAUUGUUUCUGCACAUGUCCAGGUCAACAUGAAGAUUUGAUAUGGACAUGCAUGCUUCAGUUCUGCAUCUUCUAUUUAUACAUGUAUAAUUUAACCUUUUAACACCCAUAUCAAAUUUGUAAUUCUCCUUACUGUCAACUGUACAAUCGUUAUAAUGUUAGUUCAGAGAACUUAGUAUUGGUACAACUAAUUAUCCCCUAAUUGAUAUGUUUCUUUAUUCUCAUCACCAAUUUGGUUGAUAUUGCAUUGGUAUAAUAAGGAGAAAUUCUGUUUUGGUCACUCAUGGGAGUUAAAGGGUUAAAACACCUUACAGCAGAGGUAAAAGGUGAACGUUUAUAAAUUGCUCAAUUGCUUAGAAAUAAUUAGAGUGCAAAAGAUUUUUAAGGGUACUUUUGUCCUAAGCCCAGAGAGAAGUAUAUUGAUGAAUAUGUCUUGUUUUAGGGGGAAUAUGUAGAAUUUAACUUGUACGAAGCGAGGGAGAGAGGUGAAUUUUUUUUCAACUAGAACCUUGUAAACUACUGUCACCUCUCCAAAUAGAAUUGGAGUGGCCUUCCCCACCUUGUAUCUCUGUGUGAGAUAGAAAAGAAAAGUGCCAGUGAAAUACAUUUUUUUUUUAUUUCUAAAACAUUGAAAAAGAAGAAGUUGCAUAAAAGUACGUAACUUAGAGGAAAAUUGAUAUCUAAAAUUAAGUAUCAAAAUAUAAGUCAUUCAAUUGAUUAACCACAAAAUAUACAAAUGUUUUAAUUAGGUAUUACAUUUUGUACGAUAUCGUAAUUAUGUAGUUUUAUGUACUUUAAGAGAGCAGCAAUGAUAUUGGAUGAGAAAGUUUUAAAAAAUAAAAAAAAGUGAAAUAUCAGAUAGUAGGUUAUUAAAAACUUUUUAAAUAG